AGAUACAAAGAGGCUGCUCAGGAGGGAGGGUGAGCAUGGAAGGGGAUUUCUUGCAUCAGCUGCAGCUUAUUUAGGAGCAGACUGAGACAGGAGUUCAGCUUGUACUUUGGCUGCCACCAACUCACUGCCAACAUCUGCCAGCAGCUUUCCCUGUCCUCAUCACUCCUUUAAUCAGCCACCGGGCCUCACACAAAGCAGCCUGGUCAGGAUGGAAAAGCUAAGCGAGACCAACGGGCACAUUAACAGGUACCCAGAUGGCACAGUGUGCGAGAUGGGUGAUAAAGAACCAGAGAAUGGCAGCCCCAAAAAGCAGAAAGCACCAGCAGGGCACAGGUGUGCCCAGUUCCUCAAGAAGAAUGCCAUAGUGAUCCUCACCGUAUUGGGGGUAUUGGUUGGUGUUGGGCUGGGCACCGCAGUGAGGAAGAUGAACCUGACCAAGGCACAGAUGAGCUACUUUGCUUUCCCGGGUGAGAUGCUCCUGCGGAUGCUGAAGAUGAUUAUCCUCCCGCUGGUGGUGUGCAGUCUAAUCUCUGGGGCUGCCAGUCUGGACACCCGCUCUCUGGGCAAGCUGGGUGGCAUCGCCGUAGCCUACUUCUUAGUCACCACCCUUAUGGCAUCUGGUUUAGCCAUAGCCUUGGGUUUCAUCAUCAAGCCUGGUGCUGGGGCAGGUGCCCUCAACUCUGAUGCCCUUGGCAUAGAAGAAGCUGUAAGUACAAACAAAGAGACGGUGGACUCAUUCCUGGACCUUGCCAGAAACCUGAUGCCUUCUAAUCUUGUGGCCGCAGCUUUUCGAUCACAUGCAACUGACUACACAAUAAUCACAAGGAACACAACUGAUGGACUGAUCACUGAGAAGAUCCCUAUUGGCACAGAGGUUGAAGGAAUGAACAUUCUGGGACUGGUCCUUUUUGCUCUAGUACUGGGAGUUGCUUUGAAAAAGCUGGGACCUGAAGGAGAAGAGCUUAUCCGAUUUUUUAAUGCUUUCAAUGAGGCCACCAUGGUGCUUGUGUCCUGGAUUAUGUGGUAUGUCCCUAUUGGAAUCAUGUUUCUUGUCGGAAGCAAGAUUGUUGAAAUGGGAAACAUAGUCCUUCUAGUGACCAGCCUGGGGAAGUAUAUAAUGGCGUCCAUUCUGGGCCACAUUAUUCAUGGAGGAAUAGUCCUGCCGCUCAUUUAUUUCGCUGUCACUCGCAAAAACCCAUUUACAUUCCUGCUGGGGCUAAUCACCCCUUUUGCUACAGCAUUUGCCACAUCUUCAAGUUCGGCAACUCUUCCUACAAUGAUUAAGUGCAUUGAAGAAAACAACGGAGUUGACAAGAGGAUUAGCAGAUUCAUUCUGCCUAUUGGUGCCACUGUGAAUAUGGACGGUGCUGCUAUUUUCCAGUGUAUGGCUGCUGUAUUUAUUGCGCAGAUGAACAAUGUCGAACUAAAUGCUGGCCAGAUCUUCACUAUUCUUGUCACUGCUACUGCAUCAAGCGUUGGAGCUGCUGGGAUCCCUGCAGGGGGUGUGCUCACCAUUGCUAUUAUCUUAGAGGCCAUUGGACUCCCUACAAAUGACCUGUCACUCAUACUUGCUGUAGACUGGAUUGUCGAUCGAACCACCACAGUUGUAAAUGUUGAAGGCGAUGCACUUGGGGCCGGAAUUAUCCAUCAUCUCAACCAAAAGGAAAUCACUAAAAAGCAGUACGAGCUUGUUGAUGUUUGUGUUGAGGCCGUGCCAAACCUGAAAUCAGAAGAGGAAACAUCUCCGCUUGUAAUGCACAGGGAGAAUGCUUCAGACCCUCCCAGCGUCCUUGUACCGGAAUCAAAGGAAUCUGUGUUGUAAAAAUGCUAUGGGAUGCAGAGGUUUUACCUUUACAGUUAGACUGGUGAUCUUAAGACCAAAUGUUGCUCACUGCCAUAAUGUGCCCUUUGUAAUGGUUACAAUAGCGACUCCAGACCCCUCUCUUCUAAGGGCCCUCAGGCUGGGUAAAGAACCACUAAGUUUGAAAAUGUAGGGAAACCUAUAUUCUACAAUUGAUUAUAUAUAUAGUAAGAGCCAAGGUUAAAGGGAAAAUAUCACUGAACUUACACCCACACUGGGCAUGUCAGAGGGGCGGCUGCUGCUGCUCCAUAGGCUUUUAGCCCUUCCUUCCCUAUGAUCCAUUAUAGGGCCCAAAGUUUGAACAUGGGCCUAUGCACUUAAUUGUUUGGUCUGAUAUAUAUUCCAGCACUUAUUGCCAGUAUAAUUAGAUUAUAAUGCUUGUACUUUUCUCCACUCAGAAGUAUGUAUAUAACUGAAUCAAAUUUAUACAGGCCCCCCCAGUAAUAUGGCAGAACAUAAUAUGUGCUCAAGUGUCUGGGGUAAUACUAGUUACAGUAUAUGUAAACCCUUUAAAGGUGAAGUAUUUCCACAACCUGGUUUGCUCACAAAUCAACAAAAAUUAAAACUGCUCUUGGUGAAUUGUACAGGGAACUACAAAUGCAAGAUAUAAUCUUGAUAUAUCUUUAUAUAGGUUGUUCCUCCUGCUACUUUGUUCAGUCUUUGCCGUCACCACUUCCUUUAACUGGCUGAGAUCAGGCCACAAUUCUCUGUUGAUUUCCUGUAAGAAGAUUAUUAAAUUGAAAGGAGGGUUUUGGGAAGUGAUAUGGCAGACUGCAUAAGUGAAUCCUUCAUAGACAUAAGGGAGGCCCGCUGGUGGAAAUAUAUUUGGGUAUUAGUCUUUUUUUUAUAAUUCAAUUAUGCUAAAUGCAGUUGGAAAGAAAAAAAGUUUUGUUUACCCAAUAUCAGUUUGGCCUUUUUUCUCUUUUUUUUUUACCCUGCAUUGUUUUACUGACAUUGAUGUAAAUACUGAAAUCGUAACAAUUUCUUUCUUGGUGCAAUUGCUUGUAAAAUACUAAAUAAAUCUAUUGUUCCGCUGUUUUAUAGGGCACAAAACAUUGAUUCAUCUGCAGAAGGCUAAAUUAAUAAUAUGAAAAGGUUUGUAAACCAUGGUAGUUUGAUUAAUAAUAAUCAAAUAAUAAUAAUCUAUAGAUCCUUUAUAUAGUGAAUACACAGCUUUUAGGCAUUAAAAAGACAAGAAUCAACUGCUGUAGUUGUCAUAUCAGUUGUCAGCAAUGGGGGUGGGCAAAAGACCCCUAAAUUACUAAUUGUUCCAUAGAUCUAGAGGGAAAAUUACAUCCAAUUUUUAUAUACCUUGCAGACUUACUACCUACAGUAGAAACUGAUUGUGAGAAAUUGGUUUAUUUCACUGCAACCACUAGAAUACUUUGCUGUGAAAGCCACAGGCCCAUCUCCUUGCCUGGGGUUAACCUCACUACAAUUAGAAACAUUGGUGAAUGGUCACACUGUUGUUCCAAAAGUCUCUUUGGUGAUAUUACUUUAAAUAUGUAUUCACCACAUGUUCAGUGGGACAAAUAGGUGAUGGUAAAUAAUUAUAAUCAGUUAAUAAUGGUCUGUUUUCUGUCCAUCACCAUAAGCUGCAUUUUAAGUCAUCAGGUUACCCAAAAAAUGUAUUAUGCCACUUUAUUCAAGUCAAUUGUGCCAAAUGUAAGCAAACAAACUAAUGUUGGUGCAAGGACUCCGCUAUGCCACGAAUAGAUCAGACCAAAAGAUAAAUAGAAAUUGAAACCUUUAUUGUACAAACAUCUCUUGCCUGACGCGUUUCGUGUCCCUAGGACACUUAGUCAUAGGCUUGAGUUGUGCCAAAUGUGCCACAUUUACAGUCACUUAAAACUAACACACGUGUGUCAAAAAUGCCUCCUUUAUAGGCGCAAGUUAAGCACAGUUUUAUCACUGUCAUUGGUGCUUGGUGCUCUAUACAAAAUGCCAAAUAAUUAGCACCAGUACAUUUGUUAAAGCUCACUCCCAUUGUGGUAAAAUUGUAGAGUUUCAAGGAAACACCAAACAAAAACAAAAAUAGGGUAAUGACACAAAAAAGUAUUUCCGAUGUAGAAUCAAUUUGUUGUCAUUUUUUGGGGAAUGGGUUGAACUUCCGUUUGAAAAAGCCGAUGUCCUGAUCCUGCAUUCUCUUUACUAUUAGUUGUGGGGUCCUGCUCACAGACUCAUUAGCAUGUUAGUGACAAUAUUUUGUCUUGCGUUUAUAAAAACUAGUAAUUCUUAAGAAAUCAUCAGAUUUCACUGUGAAAUAUAUACAAUGUUGUGUGUCGUGGAACAAU